UAUGCAACUUAACAUACAGUUGUACAUAUAGAUUAUCAACGCAGACGGGUUCAUAUAAUAAUGACAAAAAGUCUAUAGAAAUUAAACGUUAUUUAUAUAAAUAUGAUAUAAAUUAAACAUGAAUUUUAGAGCAGCGAGUGUUGUAGAUAUUUUACGUUGUUCACAGAAAGAUAAUUUUAUUAUAGGAAAGUUACAAAGUAGCAUUUUUGAAAUACUGAAGAUACUUGGAAAUGAAUAUCGUCACCAAAAUACAAUUAAAAAUCUGUCUUCUGCUUUAUACUUCCUUCUUACGUCUUGCUCUAAUUUGCAAUCGUUUGGCGAAGAAUAUAGUGGAAUAAUAAGAUUUGAUAGUCGUACAAAAACUUUACCUUCUCAAUUUACCCACUUACUUUGGCUUGUGCUUUACAUCACAGGUGAUAACAUAUUUAACAAUAUACUACAUAAAAAUAAACAUUUUAUAACAAAAUCAAAAUCAUUAACAGAAGAAGCUAAAAAUGCGUUAUUGUGUUGUUUGUACUUUUUGAAGACAAAUAAGCAUAUGUUUGUAAGAUUACAUACUGCCUUAUUUUAUAUUAAGGGUGACUACUAUUACAUUUCAAAUUUUCUAUUUGGAAUACGAUAUAUCCUGUUGAGACAAUGGUAUCAAGAUAAUAAUUAUUCCCAAAAUUUUAAAUUUCUUGGAAAGGUUUUAUUGUUAUACUUGUGUUUCUACUUGGUUCAUCAAAUAAAAUUCAGUAAAACUAGCCAAGAGCAAAUAGAUCAUCAAUUAAAGGAGUUUAAAACUGGUAAAAAAGUCGUUAACAGCUGCCUAAUUUGUUCUAAAGAUAGAAAAUACGUUAUUACUACCUUUUGUGGUCAUUUAUUUUGUUGGGAUUGUAUUCAAAGCUGUUUAUUGUAUCAGGAGGUUUGUCCUGUGUGCCGGGAAUCUGUUAACCCUAAUAAAACCAUUAUGUUACAGAAUUACAGUUAAGUGUAGUAAACAUUUGUGUUCCUGAGUAAUUUGUAAUCAUAUAUAAACUUUAGGAACAUUAUUUUUUGUAUUAAAUUUGGAAGUAAAUAGUCAAAUGAUAUAAUACAAUUUGUUUUUUUAGUUCUAAAAAUCGGAAUUGAAAUGGUGUUUUUAACCAUUUAUUUAUUUUUAACCCUCUGUUCACUGCGACCACGGAAAGACAUUACAUUUUAUAGGGUUAUGGCGGAUUUUUAAAUAAUUAAACGUAACUAACCCUACUUUAUGAAACACAUAAGGAAGCUUUUAGUAGCGGUUAACAUUUAAUAAUAUUCAAACAUUAUUGUGAAAUUAAUUC